UAGAAAGCUAAUGAAAUAAAAUUAUGUAAGGAAAAGUGAAAAUAUUGACAAUUUUUCUUAAGAAAUUCUCAACAUAUGGAGAUGAAAAAUACUCGAGUGAAUUAAAUAAAAUCAUGAAAUGUGACAAAAAAAUCAUGAAUUUUUUCAAAUAGUAAAAUUAAAAAGGAAAAGUUUUUUGUAGUGAAGAAAUUAGAUAAAAAAAAAUAAUUGGAAGAAGAAAAAUUAAAGGAAAUAACCAAAGAAACAAAAUUUUUAUUUACAAAUGUUGUCUUGCCUGGUGCCUCGUUUUCAAACAGAAGACAUAAGUCUACCAACAUCAUCGAAAUUUGAUUUGCAAUUUGCACCAAUGGCAACGGGAAUGCUUUCAAAUAGAAAUGAGGAUGAAUCAUCGCAACAAACGAAUAGCAACAGUAGCGAAUUUAUGAAUUGUCCUCAAUGUCAACUUGAAUUUAAUAGUCCCCAAGCAUUUAAAGAGCACAUAAUGCAAGUACAUCACCUAUCACCAUCAAUGACGCAACAGCAUUUCUCAUCACCCCCACCAUCGAUGAUUUCACCUGCAAAUUUAUAUACAGGUGAUGAAGGUGGGCGUCUAUCUCAUAGUCCAAAUCAAUUAAAUGCUCACGCAUGCUCUCACAACCAUUGCUCCGCCUCAUUUCCAACAAUUGAUUUACUUGAGAAACAUGAAAUCAUAAAUCAUUCAUCAGGUGCAUCGAGUGUGUGCUGUCGAUUGUGUCAGAAAACAUUCGCAAAUGUAUAUCGUUUGCAGCGACAUAUGAUUUCACAUGAUGAAUCAGCUUUAUUGAGAAAAUUUAAAUGCUCAGAAUGCGAUAAGGCAUUCAAAUUCAAACAUCACUUGAAGGAACAUUUACGAAUACAUUCAGGUGAAAAGCCAUUCCAAUGCACAAAUUGUGGUAAGAGAUUCAGUCAUUCCGGCUCCUAUUCCAGUCACAUGACGUCAAAGAAAUGUAUUAGCAUGGGAUUAAAGAUGAAUGGUAUGAGUGGAGCGAAUCCACUAAUGAAUGGCAAUAUGAGUAAUGUGAAUCAAAUGAAUGGGCAUAAAAUGAAAUCAGAGAAGAAACAACAAGGAGCAUCAGCGAUGGGACAAAAUUUCAUGAAUCAAUCGAUGGCGGCUGUAGAAAAUUUCAUGAAAAAUAAUGGAGUUCUUUCGAAUCCAAAUUUAUUCCUUCCAAUGAUUCCAAAUCUUCAUGAUAUAAGAAAGUAUGAGAAUUACGGUGUUAUGAAUGCUGCUUUAUUUGCAUCACUCUCAAAUCCAUUAUAUCAAAUGAACUUAAAUCCAUACCACAUUCAAAAUUUAUUAAAACUUUCUGGCGUUCCAAACUUAAAUCUACCUAUGGACGAUGAAUCACAAAAAGCAUUAGAUGAUGAGCAGAAGAGCCCAAAUGAUCAUCAUUCGAAUCCCGAGGACUUAAUUGAAGAAGUAAAUGAGAAUGAAGAAUCAAAAUUAGUUAUGGAUAUUGAUUAUGAUGAAAAACCAUUGAAAAACCGCGAGGACAAUAAUAAUGAUGAUAGAAACGAUAGUGAUGAUGAUGAGCUAAUGUCUAACAUUGAGCACCAUGAUUUAUCACCGCAACAUGAUUCACAUGAAAAAUCUCCAUCGCCUUUAUCAAGCUCAAUCAAACAGGAGCACAAUGAAGAUGAAUCACAAAAUGAUUCGCUUAGAUGUCAACAUUGUGAUAAAGUUUUUAAUCAUCCAGCUGAGCACUUACAACAUGAGACAGUCCUGUGUAGUUCAUUAAUGAUGAAGAAACAUGAGGGUCUUAUGAUGCAUAUGGUUGAUGCAAUGAACAAUUCAAAUUCUAAUAUGAAUAUGAAUGAAGAUGACACUGACGAUCGUGAAUCAAAAAUUUCAACAGAAUCGGAGCGAAAGGUUCGUGUUAGAACUGCAAUAUCCGAGGACCAGCAGACGAUAUUGAAGGAAUUUUAUGCAAUUAAUCCACGUCCUAAUCGUGAAGAUUUUCGCAAUAUUGCUCAACGUUUAAUGCUCGAUGCACGCGUUGUUCAAGUGUGGUUCCAAAAUAAUCGAUCACGUGAGCGAAAACAGAAUGGAAAUGGACAAAAUUUUAAGCAAGAGAAUAAUGUGUCGUCAAUAAUGUCGGGUAAUAGCAGUAGUAAUGAAGAGCAGCCAUUGGAUUUGUCAAUAAAGCGAGAGAUGAUGACAGAUACUCCAACAACAUCACCACGAUAUGGAGUCGUUCCAAUGCAACAAAGCAAUGAUACUGGUGCUAUAAAUUUAAGUCGCAAGAUGACACCAUUCUCGCCAAUUUUUCAACCAAACUUUAAUACUGACUUUUUGACACGUCAAAUCCCUUCACCGAAUGAAGCAGUAUCACAUCUUCCAACAGCAGCUGCACGUAAUGGAAUGGCCUACAACUUACCAUUGGGAUUACCACUCGAACGAUUGCUUCAUUUUACACCAGAAAUGGCACGAAAUCCACUUCUAAUGAUGAAAUCAGAUCCUCGUAGUCCUGCAAAUAGUCUUAGUCCUGGUAGUUCAGAAAAGCGUUCAUGGAAAGAUGACGAAAGUCGAUCAUUUGAUGAAUUAACAAGUCUUCAGCAAGCACAGCCUUAUCAUCCACAGCGUCGAAUGCCAAAGAUGAAAUCGGAAAUUCCACCUGAUUCGAGUGAAUUUCAGUUUGUUUGUGACCUCUGCGAUAAGGCAUUCAGGAAACAAAGUUCAUUGGCGCGUCACAAAUACGAACAUUCCGGUCAACGCCCAUUUAAAUGUGUUGAGUGUCCAAAAGCAUUUAAGCACCGUCAUCAUCUGACGGAACAUAAACGGUUGCAUUCGGGUGAGAAGCCAUUCCAGUGCAGUAAGUGUCUCAAACGAUUCUCACAUAGUGGAUCAUACAGUCAGCAUAUGAAUCAUAGGUACAGUUACUGUAAGCCAUACCGAGAUUAGUUGAUGAUGACUCGCUGGCAAAAGCAUUAUGACCAGCAAAAGUUUGCUCACAUAAUGACACCAUUUUGAAAUUAAUUGUAAAAGACAAAUAAGGAAAUAUUUUUGAUUAAAUUUUGAAGCUGAUUCGUUAUUAUAACUCUCUAAAAUGAAAUCCUUGCAGAACUUAUGGUCGAUGAAUAAACUUAAAGUCGACUUAUUUUGUUCAUAAAACAGGGAAACUCGUUCUUAAUCUCCCAGUUAUUAAAAGGCGGAAAUCUGCAAAUUUCGUACUUAAAACAAAUGAAAGAGAAAUUUAAGUACCAGUUAAACUUAAAACUUUACCGUAAAAAAAACUCACAGUCUCUAAGUAUUUUUCAAAUUCACAAUUUAAUGAGUCAUUUUACAUUCCCAUGUCAAAUAAUAAUAAAAAAAGGAAAGAAGCAUAAAUUCACACAAUACUAUAUAUAGCAUAUGAAAACACAUUAUAGACAUUAUAGAUGCGAAUUAUUUGGAAAUAAUAAUAUGCAACAAGUCUACAUUCAUAAUAUUCAUCAUAUAAAUCAAGAUUAUGGCAUAAAACAUACUUUAAAUUAAAUUAUUUCCAAAUAAUAAUAGUUAUAGUCAUAAUUAUGCUGUAAAUAAGGAAAAUAAUUUAAUUAAGGAAUGCAAUUAACGAAAAACAAAAAAAAACUUUAUCUCUCGUUCUUCUUUUUCGCACAUUAAAAAUAAAAUUGGGGUUGAUGUUGACUGGUGCGGAUGGUUUUGAAAAUUAAGGGGAUCUUUUGCUAAGCUUGAACUCAAUUCAUAAUUAUUGCAAAAUUUAUAAAUAAUCAAAACUUUACUUUGAUAACUUUAGAGUCAAUGAACUUGAAGUAAAUCAGGAAUUAAAAAAAAAAAAUAGACAAUCUUUAUAAUUCAGCAAUUUAGCUCGAUGAUUAGAACAUUUUCAGCUAUCCGCCCUCGCCACAUUCAAUUCCUAUAUACAAUAAUUAAUUACUAAAGAAAAAUGUGGAUGAACAGUAC